CACUUUAUAUUUUGUAUUCAUUCGCGUGGUGGUCGGUUAUCGACCGGGGAGGGACUGAUGGAGGCGUUUGUGUUUCCGGUGCUGGCGCUGAUUGCUGGCUUGCUCCUGGAUGCGACCAAUGAACGUAUUCGAUUUCUUCAUAUUCCGAACACAAUACUUAUAUUCAUGUUUUCGUUAUUCGUUAGGUAUGUUUUCAUUUCGUCGUCACAAAUGCUCAUUUUACACAGCAUACUUCACGCAUUCUUACCUCUUUCGCUGAUCGAAAUUGUCAACAAAAAUUACACGUGGAAAACUAUGGAUGCCGAGCAUAUCGUUCAAAUCUUAUUACCUCCAAUGAUAUUCGAAUCGGCGUUCAAAAUUAAUUCACAUCUUUUCUUCCGGAAAUUGAAAUUAUUAUUCGCAUUAACGACUUUUGUUUACAUUUCAACAAUGGUCACAUAUGCAGCAUUCACCUUUCCGAUCCUUCGAAUCACAGAUGACUGCAGCAUUUUUACGAAUCCCCUAACAGCAAUCGAGAUGUUAAUCGCGUUGUCCGGUAGAUCAAAAUUUUCAAGGGAUUCUGGGAGUCUUUUCUUUCAGAGACGAUCUCAAGUGUUGAUGUUGAGCUCGAUAUUGGCUGCGACUGAUCCAAUCGCUGUGGUCGCAAUUCUUGAAGAAAUCGGCGCACCUCAACGAUUAAGGAUUAUCAUUGAGGGUGAAUCGUUACUCAACGAUGGUCUUUCAAUAUUUGCAUACAGUAUUUGUGCGAGUUAUGUGAAGGCAGAGUCGAAGCAAGAGUUACCCGAUGAAAAAUGGUAUCAUUUAGCAUUUAUGUGCGCUAAUUGUAUCAUAUUAUCGCCUCUUAUUGGCAUCCUAUUCGCACAGUUUGUAGUGCGUGUUAUUCGAAUUGCCAUACGUGACAACAAAAAAAUUCAGGUGUUUCUAGUGGUAACCGUCUACAUUAUGUGGUUUCUUGGCGAGUAUAUUAAUGGCUCGCCGGCCGUCCUAAUUGUUUUUUAUGGUGUUAUGCUGAACUACAUGAGGGAAGAGUUGGAGCCUUCAACAGUUGAAAUGGCUUUGCAAAUGUGGGCUUCAUUCGGUUACUGGGCGAACUGUGUUAUAUUCACGUUUGGAGGAUAUUCCAUUGGAUCUUUAUUGUUCAAAAGUGUUAUUCUUAAGAUGAAUGUAACGCAUUUGUUGAUAUCCGGUAUUCUGUUAUACCCGUUCAGUGUGGUUGCAAGAAUGCUUGCCAUCGCUGUAUUUAAAUACUUAUGGGAAUCUGUUGAAACACAGCACCGUUUGUACGACUCGGAUUGCGUCUUACUCGCAUACGGUGGUCUGAAGGGUGCACUUGCACUCCUACUAGCACAUGACUUCACAAGAACCGUACAGGGUGAUAUCGUGUGUGAACGCAUUGGACAAAAAGUCGUUCUUUAUUGCAGCGCUGCCGUUAGCCUGUGUCUACUCAUACAGGGAAUGACAUUCUCGUUGUUGACCAAGCGAGAAGGUACAAAUCAUAGAUCACGUUUCAUAAAAGAUUCUGAAAAAAAUCUCGAAAAUCAUCUCAACAAUGAGUUGCGCAUUGAGAUGGAGAAAAUGCAUCGGAGAUCUGAACUUUAUUUAACCGAAGCGAAUUGGAAGGUUGUGAACGAACGAAUUGAAGCCAAUGUUUUUAAGGGAUUUACCCUCGGACUUGGAUCGCAAUCUCGUGUGCAAACAUCUGAAGAAUGCUCCGCACAUACAGAAACCCUGGAGGAAUUGAAUAAAAAUGAAGAAAAUCGAGAUAUUUGUGCUGGAUACUAUAGCAUAUUGCUGGCUCGAGUGAACGAUAUGUGGGCUCGAGGGGCCCUUUCCGGUUCUGCAGCUCAUAUAAUGAUUCAAUUACUGGAGCAUGGUAUUGACGAGGAGAAGCUCGAUUUGGAUGAUUUCAAAGAGCAUUUACAUAUAUCCAAACUGAACUGUUUUCAACGUUUCCUUCUUAAAUUGUUCAGUUUUAUUGAGAAAUGGAUUGAUAAGGACACAUUAUUGAAUCGAUUUUGUCAAUGGAGCGAUCCAUUCUUAAAAGAAACAAUGCCUCGCGAUGUUACGGUUGUUCAACCUUUGCGCGAUAAGGAGAGAUGGCUGUUAUUUUCGGCGUUGAUUUGUGUGAUACAUUCGGUUCUUCUCACAUUCGCUUUAUAUCACAAAAUGGAAUCGCAUCUGAGAUAUUCCGUAUUGGUUGUUACAUUUUUUAUCUUGAUGGUUUUCCUCAUCGAAGAGUUAUUCUAUUUUCAUCGUUUUCGAAAGCCACUUCACCGAAUGGAACUCAGUCGUUACGGAAUGCGUUGUUUCUGGUUUAUUUCUCGAUUCGCCGCUGAAAUGUGUUAUUGUGCCGUUUGUGGAGCGCUUAUUUUGGGUGUUACGAUUACGAUAACAUUACUUCUUACGAAGCAUUCGAAUGGCGAUUGUGUGUCGUUGAUGGCCACUUGGAAUGUUACUCCGAUUUGCGCGUUUGCACGCAUAACAGCAUUUCUGUUUCAUACAGCAUUAUGUGUUCUGAAAUUGAUACGUGCCACCCCUCUGCUGGUAUUCAUACUUUAUGAAGCAGUGUACGUUCAAAGUUUAUUGCGAGUACGAGUCGAACUAUCAGCGCUCUACUCAUUACAGUAUCUUCUCAGCCAACCACCCGUAACGUUUCAUCUAUUCCCGGAUAAUGCCUUCAAAGUAGCAUUGGUUGAGCAGAAAUAUUUGAAUAAAAUUGUUGAUGCACUCAUUCGAAAAACAAUGAAGAAGAAUAAGCAAAUACUCGAUCUAGUGCCAAGCAUCAAAACUCGUCAAGCAAUUCGAAUGGCAUCACACGCUCUUCAUAAUACAGUCGUUUCACUGAAUUCUCAGGGCUUGAUCCAUGAAGAAUCAAUGCUCGUUUGGGAACGUUCACUGAAACGACUUCGAGAUGACGGUGAUCGUUUGAUACUGGCACCGGACACAGAUAUUCACGAUGUGUUAGAAUGUGUCCAUUGGAUCGAAUCACUUGAUGUUCGCAAGCGUCCAUCGAUCAUCAAUAAAAUUGCUGAUUAUUUCGAAACAGCUGUCAGUUUAUUCUUACCGUACGAUCAUCAAAUACACACUUAUGGAUCGAAAAUGUUCUUCAUUAGGAAGGGUAUCUGCAGAAUUACCGAAACAUCAUCGACAGCAAUUGGAAGUGUUCAUCGUCAUGAAUAUUAUGUACAUCAAGGACGUUUCAUUGGAGAACGAAAUCUUUUAAAAAAUAAAAACUUUAAAGAAGAAUCCAUAAAGAAGCCGCAAGUGGUCUACCAAACAACAACGGAUUGUCAUUUGAUCGAGGUCGAUGAAUCAAUGAUGGAAUGGAUUCGGAAUGCAGAUCGCGAUAUAAUUCGAAUAAUAUCAACUAAAGAGCAGAGGAGAAGGAUUGUUUAUGAACUCAAGGAGCACAAUCAAUUAUUCUCGUUGAUGACCAUCGAAGAUUUCGAUAAGUUAUUCAAACUUUGUGCACGCUUCAUAAAGUCUCAGGAAAGGCUUGAAAUUGAUGCCGGUAAGAAGUUAUUUGUUGGAUGGCGUACGCUUGUGUGUAGUGUCGAACCGCUAUCAGCAUUCAAUGAUCACUAUCAAGUUAUCGGACCUGCGAGCGUCCUUCUGCGACCAGUCGGUGUCGAUGAUGGAAUGGUGCUACUGACAGACAACGUACACUCAUCUGAUCAAGCAACUUCGGAUGAACCGGAAAGCAAUUUGUCGCUUUCGCUGAAUGAUUCAGAAAUCAAGAAAGCACCCAAAAAGGUUGAUGUUAAAAGGGCUACGAUUGAACAGUCAAAGCAGGUAAAUAUUCUAAUACUUAGCUGUCGAUCCACUCAUGUCAGCUGUAAGCUGGAGUCACUGAAGAAGAUCACACAGUACGAACUGAAUGCUGAUGUCACACAGUACGAUUCAAGUCAAUCGUCGCGACGUACGCAGAAAAUGGCCGUAACUCAGUCUGAACUUCGAAACACCGAGAAAACACUGCAAACCGAAACUGUACAAAAAACAGACGCUACCGUCGUUGACACAGCCACAAAAGCCUCAGUUGUAGUUACGUUAAUUCAGAAGCAUUCCCCUCGAACAUCACGGCUUCAUUCGCUGAUAUCACAAUUAAAACAAGUAUCCGAUGAAACGCAGAUGAUCAACGAUGAAAGAAAACAGCCAAAAUCAUCGAAACCACUAUCAGAAGUAGACAGAGAUGACGAAUUGCGAACUGCAUCAUCAAAAAGGAGCAACGCAUCAGAAGCGAAAGUCGAACUGAGCGCUUCAGAUGGCGCACACCUGGUGACUUCCACUCCAAUUCAGUCUCAGUCGAUAAGUGCAACUCAAUCGCCCCAUCCACCUAAGUGA